AUGGCUUCUCCCAGUGAGUACGAGCAGCUGACACGAGACGUGUCUGGCAUCCUGUUGUUGCCGCUUCCUCCGAAGGCGGUGCAACACCCGGCCAUGCCGGCACCCACCAGUGCUCCUCCUCCGCCUCCUCUCACUCACAGCUCUCCCACGCUGCCUCCCGGCUAUGAGUACGAUGACCUUUCAGUGUCGGACCUAGUUGGAAGCCUGUCCCUGUCGUCGGCACCACAGCUUCCUCCUCUUGAUUACUACUCCAGUCCGGAGCAGCAGCAGGAGCAAGAGCAAGAAGAACCAGGAGAAUUUGACGAACAAGACGAACAGGAAGAACAAAAACCAGAAGAACGACAGGCGGUACCGAAAUUCCCCGAAGACUACCUGCCGUCGCCUACUCGCUCGGCACCGGCACCACCUCUUCCGUUCGAACCGAUCCUGAUCGGGCCCCCCGGCCCCCAGAAGAGGCACCAGCUGCACCAGUUAUGUCGCCGCCAUCGCCGCCACCUGCUGUCCAGACAGAGGGCCCGACAGUGCUGCGUAAGACUCGGGGCAGUCAGGGAUAUGUCAGGGCUGUCGGAGGAAGCGGCCCGCAACAAGGCACCGAGGUUCAAUGCGGUCUCCGGGCCGCUGCACCUGUUCAAGUCGCAGGCUCGCGGGCGGUCUCCAUCGGAAGCCGAGAAGCCGCGGGGACGCAGCGUUUCGGCGCAGCCGCCAGAAACAGGCACCCAGUCAGGCGCUCAGCCACACGCCGGCACACCUCCAAGCUCAAAGGGACCGCCGCCACCGCCGCCAGCAGAGGCGUGGGUGCUGACGGCCGACUCGACGGCCGAGUACAACGUGGAAUAUUUGCUGAGCAGAGAGAGGGUGCCUGAGCUCUGGGACGAAGGUGGCACACUUUUUAUCUUCCUGGCGCCACGCGACAGCGGCAAAGAGGCGUCGUUCCGGGUGCGUGCAUCGAUCAUCAGUGAGAGUCCGGUGCUCAUCGGCAUGGCGCUGGCAGAAACAAUGUCGCCAGUCAGCAUACGUUCGCCAGCGCGCAGCUUCAGUGGACGCGAUUCGCUCUCGGCAGCCGACGCCCACCGGAUAGUGUCACCGGGAUCUCCGGCCGAUUCGGACAUGGGCGAUGCGAUGGCGCUGUAUCUGCCGGUGGUCAGCAGCAACCCGGGCGAGCGGACGAGCGAGCUGGAGCAGCUCCUGCCGGUGCGCAACCUCUUUGCGCUGCUCACGGGCCAGCCUCUGGUGGCUACACACAGCACGCCGACGGCCUUCUCGGUUCUGCUGCAGGUGGCAGCACUGCUGCGGGAGUUUGAGUUUGGAGUGGGCAGCAGCGCGGGCAACGGGUCGUUUGGCAGCAGCGGGUCGUUUGGCGAGGCCGUGGACCUGUGCCUGGGCUUCUACCUGGAGCGGGAGGGUCUGAUGGACGUGCGGCACAGCCGAGAGAAGACGCUGGAGGCGCUCGUGCUGGGCGAACAGCUGCGGUUCUGGCCGCUGUACAACGAGGCGUUCUGCCACGCCGUCGGCAAAUACCCGGCGAUGCGCGAGACGCUGCGAACGUCGCCACUGUGGCAGCAGCUGUCGGGCAACACGCGGCUGCGGCUGGAACGAGCCCAUCUCGAUCUGCUCUCGCGACAGCACAGCGUCAACAUGCGGAUCGAGCAGUUUGAUUUUCCCAGCCUGUUUUCCGGCACCGGCAACUCCACCUCCAACGACGCCUACCGUGGACUGCGUUUCAAGAACUGGCGUACGUCCUUUGCCGACAUGCGUUCGUUUGUGCUGCGACACUACAAGUCGCGUUUUGGCAGCUGGCCGCCCAAAGCGAGCAGUCGGCGCAAUCCCUUCAGCGAGAGCGGACUCAACCGACUCGUCCUGCGCACGCUCUACACCGAUCUCUGCGCCGUCUACGAUCUGUUGGUCGACCGCUCGUCCUUUACGCCGCGUGUCAGCGAGGACAACGCCGUGGCCACGUUUGCCGUCCCACCUGACAGCGGCCUGGCUCCGGCCCACCAUCACCAGCAUCCACAUCUUCACCAUCGCCAUGCCACCAGCACGGCCUCAACGGCGACCACGGCGACCACGGCGACGAGCUCAACCUCGACCUCGACCGCGGCCACGCCCACCUCGGCCUCUCUGGCGGCAGCCCGGCUUCCCGAGAUCGAGAACGCGAUGAUGGCUCUGCGGCAGAUCUUGGCCGAGUUUGACGAAUCGUCGCCGCCCGUGCUGCCACCCAUUCCCUACGAUACGCCACUGCUGCCGUCUAUGACUGCCGUCCUGCCGACGUACGGCGAGAUGUCGGCCAGAGACCAGGCGCGCUUCGACCGUGGCAUCAAGGAGGCUCAAAUGCAGUCAGUCCUGCGCAUGUCGCACAAUGCCGACGCUGACUGUCCGGACUCGUCGACCUUCCUGGCCGCCUUUGAAGCCUUUGAGCUGCGCGAAGCCCGUCGCGGCAAGUCGGGCGCCGAGCUGGCCGAGAUGCGCAUCGGUCACUGGCUGUUCCUGUAUGUCGUGCUGCAGAGCAUGCCCAUCCUGGUGGUCGACGCUCCGGGCUUGAACCACACCGACGGUGUCGAGUACUUUCUCUGUGAGCCGUCGCAAGGCCGUCCGCCCUGGGUCGAGGAUGCCGGUGAGGUUCGCAAGGCCUGGUUCCAGACCGCCGGAGGAGCCGGGCCGCUGGUUGAGCUGUCGGCCGACGUGCUGCUGUAUUCGGUCGAGGCCACGUACCACCGCUCGCACUGCUGGCUGGCCGCCCAGAAAUGGCUUGGCGACGCGAGAACGGGCAAGGGAUUUAACUCUGGCGCUGCCGGAGCCGAAGCCGGUUUUGUGCCGGAACCGCCCAGCAGGAUCGAGGCAAACGACGAUGCCGACUCCGACUUUCACAUGCCGGAUCUGCCGCGGCCCUAUUAUCUCGCCGGCUCCAUGUCUGUUCCGGACUUGCCUCGCUUUAUCGACUCGGGAUCGCCUUUGGAGCCGCAGUCGGCCACGACCACCUCAUACUCCGCCUCAUUCGCCGCGCCGCUCGAUCUACCGACGCCAACCUCACCCCAAGACCGGUCCGGCAGCCCGGUGAUGAUGUCCCGGACCAGCACCGACCCGCUGCCCAACAUACAGCUGCAGGUGCCGCGGCAGCGCGCAAACUAUGGCGAGCUGCAGGAACGCGCCAAUCUGCGACACGCCAGCAUCGGCUGGGCGCUGGAACCGGUCAAGAUCAGCGAUGUCGACAUGCUUCCGCUGCAGCAGCCGCAGCAACAAGAGCAGCUGGACCCGGAGCCGCUACAGCAGUUCCAGCAGUCUCAGCAGCUACCGCAGCUACAGCAGCCGCAACAGCGCGGCCUGAUGGUGCCUCCACAGGCACGGCGCGUUGCCUCGGCCGGCAACCUGCGCGUGAAUACGGGCAGCGAUUCCCUUGUCAACACGGGCAGCACGUUUGACGACAUCCUGGGUGGCAUGGACAAGACGGAGAAGAAAAACAAACGGAAGUCGUUCCUCCCAUUCAUGUGA